AAUAAACAAAUUUUUCUAGUCUAAGAAAUUAUUAAGAAUUAUGAAUUAAUCUGUAAUCAGAAUUCACAAUAUAUUAAUUAGUUCAAUAAUUAGUUUCUUUCACAACUUCAAUUGUUAUUGUUUAACAUGACGUCUGAGCUAAAAAUAUGCAGAAUAUGUCUAGCGACAGAUGUGAAAUUUUUUCACUUCGACCAAUAUAAACUUCGAUCAUUAUAUGAAGAAACACUGGUUGUAAAAAUAAUAGAAGGAGAUGAGCUCCCACAUUACUUCUGUUAUGAAUGUGCAUCUAUGUUGCAUAAAAUUCAAAAAUUUAAACAGAAGUGUCGCAGAGGAUGGGACUUCCUUGGCAACAUGCUCUGGAAAAGAUCACUGAAAUAUGAGACUGUAAAAUCUUUGAACAGGAAAUCAUAUAAUCUCACCUCUUUGGAAGUGUCUAAUAUGAUUUACUUGGAAUUACCAGAAUUAAUAAAAAUAAAACAAGAAAACGAAGAAGAAGUAAUGAAUGAAGAAGAAACUAUAGAAUCCGAAGAACAUUAUGAAAUUGAAUUGGAUAUUAGAGAAGAGGAAGUCAAACCGCUUAGUAUACUUUCAGUGGCAGAGGUUGAUAUAAAAGUUGAGGAAGAUGAGCUUAGACAAGUAAAUGAUACAGAAGAGCAAUACGAGGAAAUUAAUAAUAGGGAACAAAGAUCAGUCGACAAUAAUUACAAAAUUAAAAAAAAUACUACAAACAUUUAUAGUUCGAAAAGUUGGAAAAUUCUUAUCUUGGAUGAAGAAACUGCAAGACAGAAUUUCACUGCCCAGAAAGAGGACAGCAAAUAUAUAAGAAGGCCAUUUAAAUGCACAGAUUGCUAUACGAGUUUCGCAAGCAAAGAAAUACUUAAGAAACAUAUGGUCAGAUUGCACGAAAUAAAACACGGAUUUCAAUGCGACUUUUGCAAGAGGCGUUUCAAGCUUAAGUGGGAAAUGAGAAACCAUUUGUUGAAUCACUACAGACUGUUUGAAUGUUUGCGGUGCGGAUGGAAAUGUCGCUUUAUAAGUACAGCGACGUUCCACGAAGAAAUGCACACAGGUGUGUUGAUGUCAUGCAAACAUUGUAAUAUACAAUUUAGGAACAAGUCAACGUACUACAAACAUAUGCGAAAACACAGACCUCCUAGACAUAAAUGCACUAUAUGCGGCUCUUUCUUCAGCAGUGAACACAGACUUUUGCAACACAAACGAAAGCAACACGUCUUAGAGAAUGAGAAUCAAGGUGAUAAAGAUAAGAGUACGUUCUGUGAGACGUGUAACACGACCUUCAAGACUCGCCGGGCGUACGAGAAGCACCUAACUUACUUUGACGAGAAUGCCAAACAGGGGGUCCGAAAGAAGAGGCCGAAAAUAAAACCGACUACAUGCUACCAGUGCGGCAAACACUUCGCGACGCUGCGGGCAUGCAUCAAGCACCACAGUGCGGAACACCCCUGGAAGUUGUUCCACGGACCGAGCGACCGAAUCCCCUGCGAUAUAUGUGGCGUCUCGCUUGCGCCUCGCAGUAUGACCGCUCACAAGAACCGACACACCAAGGAGAAGAGCUACCCGUGUCUGAUCUGCGGCAGGGUGUUCUACACCAGCAUGAUUCUGAAACGGCAUCAACUGACGCACACAGGCGAGAAGCCGUUCAAAUGUACGUUAUGUGACAAACGGUUCACACAGAGCAACAGUAGGAAGCUGCACCACAGACUCGUCCACCUCAAGGAACCUCACCCCUACAAGAGAGGUGGAAAAUAUAAAAGAAAAGUGGUUGGGGAUAUAACACAAAAGACGAUUUCGGAGCAGCCGAAAGAACUGAAUGAGUCUGAGGAUACAGAGAGUAUAACUGACAAACAAGGGCUCAGUAAGCGGCGCUGGAAAAUAAAACCGACGACAUGUCACCAGUGUGGAGAACACUUCGAAACGCAGGCAGCGUGCAUGAAGCACCACACCAAGGAACACCCCAGGACUUCGUUCUAUCCGGAGAGCAACCGACACAUCUGCGAGAUAUGUGGUGCAUCCCUUGCGCCUGGCAGUAUAUUAGCUCACCAGAACAUUCACACCAAGGAGAAGACCUUCAGGUGUGACACCUGCGGCAAAGAGUUCGUGACCAGCGUGAUUCUGAAACGACAUCUAUUGACGCACACGGGCGAGAAGCCGCAUAAAUGUUCGUUGUGCGACAAACGGUUCACACAGAGCAACAGUAUGAAACUCCACUACAGGACAUUCCAUCUUAAGGAACCCUACCCCAAGAGAAUACGAAAGACGAAGAACAAAAAUUCGUCUGAUAUCUGCGAGACAUCAAGUGAUUGCGAGUCCCGAGUCCCGUCACAAGAUCCCGGAGCAGAUGAAGCGGAAAUUCAAAACGGCGAACUAGAUCAAUCGGCGGAAUUAAAAGACAAUGAAAAUAUACAGAGUUUUGCCUAGUUUCAUGUUUAUACUACCUUUUUUUGUAGUUUCAAUAUAACGGCUUUAUAAGUAUAUUCAUUAUAUAAAUUAUUAUCUUUAUAAGUCUUAUAUUAGGUAAUAAUAUAAUUUAAUAAAAUUAUUAUUAAGAAAA